AUGUGGAAGAGAAAGCUGCAGAUCAACAAGACUAGAGCCUCUUGCAGGAAGAGCACAGCUCUGGCUGAAAAAACCGAAGUAUUGAGUGAUGACCUACUGCAGGUUGAGAAACGAUUGGAGCUGGUCAAGCAGGUUUCCCACAGCACACACAAGAAGCUGACCGCCUGUCUGCAGGGUCAACAGGGUGUGGAUGUGGACAAGAAGUCUGUCAGAUCACCCUCGAAGAAGCUCCCUCUCACAACGCUCGCACAAUGUAUGGUGGAGGGAGCAGCCGUGCUAGGGGACGACUCUCUGCUGGGGAAGAUGCUGAAACUCUGUGGCGAGACGCAGGAGAGACUUGCUCAGGAGCUCAUUUUAUUCGAGCUCACUAUCGAGAAAGACGUGAUUGAGCCUUUAUGCGACCUAGCAGAGGUGGAAAUCCCAAACAUCCAGAAACAAAGGAAACAUUUAGCAAAACUGGUCCUCGACAUGGAUUCCGCUCGCACAAGAUAUUACCAGUCUAACAAAUCCUCGGGAAUAUCCAGCAAUCUGCAGCCAACAGGAGCUAAGGCUGACCACCUCCGGGAGGAGAUGGAGGAGGCAGCCAACCGCAUGGAGAUCUGUCGAGAUCAGUUAUCAGCAGACAUGUACAGUUUUGUGGCCAAAGAAAUAGACUAUACAAGCUACUUCCAGACAUUGAUAGAAGUCCAAGCAGAGUACCACAGGAAAUCAUUAGAGCUCCUCCAGAGUGUGCUGCCACAGAUCAAAGCUCAUCAGGAGACCUGGGUGGAAAAGCCGUGCUACGGGAAACCCUUAGAGGAGCACUUAGCGCUCAGUGGGAGAGAUGUUGCCUUCCCUAUCGAAGCCUGUGUCACUAUGCUGCUGGAGUGUGGCAUGCAGGAGGAGGGUUUGUUCAGAAUCGCUCCUUCAGCCUCCAAACUGAAGAAGCUGAAGGCGUCUCUGGAUUGUGGUGUGUUGGACGUUCAGGAGUUCUCUACAGACCCACACGCCAUCGCAGGUGCUCUAAAGUCAUACCUGCGUGAACUCCCUGAACCUUUAAUGACCUUUGAGCUCUACAAUGAUUGGAUCCAGGCCUCAAACAUCCAAGACCAGGAAAAGAGACUGCAGGCUCUGCUUGGUGCCUGUGAGAAGCUGCCGUCUGCAAACAACAACAACUUCAAGUACUUGAUCAAGUUCCUCUCCAAACUGACUGAAUACCAGGAUGUGAACAAGAUGACUCCUGGAAAUAUCGCCAUCGUCCUGGGCCCCAAUCUGCUGUGGACCCACGAUGAAGGGAACAUCACAGAGAUGAUGACGACAGUUUCCCUUCAGAUCGUUGGUAUCAUUGAGCCCAUCAUCCAGCACGCCGACUGGUUCUUCCCCGGAGAAAUUGAGUUCAAUGUCACAGGAAACUAUGGCAGUCCAGUCCACACCAACCACAACGCAAACUAUAGCUUGAUGCCGUCGCCGGAUAUGGAUCAGAUGGAUCGCAGACAGAACGACCAGAGCCGGCGGCCGCUGAGCGUGGCCACUGACAACAUGAUGCUCGAGUUCUACAAGAAAGACGGCAUAAGGAAGAUCCAAAGCAUGGGUGUCAGGGUGAUGGACACUUCUUGGGUGUCAAGCAGGGGCCCGUCGGCGACGCGUAAAACAUCCUCAACGCCGCCAAACGUGCACCCCUCCACCCCACCCGCUGACGCUCCCAUCCCAGAGCAGCCUGGGGAUUUCUUUGCAUCCCCGUCCCCCACCCCUCCUCCCACUAACAGCGACCGAGCCAGCUCAGAGGAUGCUUCUUCCAACUGGUCUGACUCCUGUUACGUCUAUCCCUCUCCCGAGGAGGAGAGGCCAACUCCCCCUUAUCCUUCUUUUUCUUCUUCCUCCUCUUCCUCUUGCUCCUCCAACUCGCUCCCUCACUAUAUCUACACUAGACCCCUUCAGAGUGUGCGCCCCAUAGCUCCCACUCCUGAGUCGGUAGUCAUCCCUGGCCCGUCCCCUCCACCUCGCCUAACCGGAUGCAGCCCGCCCCCAGUUCCCUUUUCCCCAUGCCCGUCGCCCCAGCAGCUUGAUGUCAACUCCAACCCCAAACCUAACUCCCUUCACCUCCCCAAACGGGCCUCCCUGCCCGACACUAUGCAUGCUACCCCAUCCGAAACCAACGGUUCCACCCUUUACAUUAAACCCCCGCUUGUUCUUACCCGUCACGAUCUGCUGCUGGGCUCCCCUAAACCCCCCAACACCCCUCUUUCAGCUCCCCCUCCGUGGGCAGCCUCUGCCUGUAGCCGGGAGAGAGGAGCCAAGCUUAAGAGCACUCUGAAAAAUAAGGAGCUGUCUCCUGUGAUUGGACAGAAGGGACUCCAAGGAGUAGUGACCUCUAGUGGACAAUCACAACACUCCGAGCACAGCCCACACAGUUUAAGGAGAGCAAAGAAACUUGCGCCUAUUCCACCUAAAGGCCCUUACUGCCAGUCAGGAGCCAUAUCCGACCAGUCGACAGGUCAGCCGUCUCCGGUCAGCCUGUCGCCGACCCCUCCGAGCACGCCUUCCCCCUAUGGCUUUAGCUACCCACAGGGUUACGCCACCAUUGGUUCUCCAAUUCAGACCCAGAUGGCAACAACCCCAUCUCUGUCUUCUCCGCCCUCGCUGGCAGGAACACUCAACAAGCCCAGACCAACCCCGAAGCCCCCCCGUCAGAGGCCCAGCCUGCCUCCACCUCAACCCCCCAGCACACCCGGCACUAGUCCUCAGCCUCUGGAGCAUUUAUCUGGUCUCCUGGAUGGUUUACCUCCAGAAGAAAGCAUGUCCACAGAUUCCCUCUGCAACUUGGACAUCCCCAUCAUCAACAUGGAGCUGGAUAGCAUCUUCGACCUGGCGCACAUCUCCCCCUUUAGGAACUUGGCACUUUUCAAGUCGACCAAAAGCAGGACGGACUCUGAGGAGGAGUCCGAAAGCACAGUGCUAUGACCCCUACAGUUUUCUCCUUACGCAACAUCACCACCGCUGCACCGCAGAUCCUACACUGGGUCUACAGCCUGGACAGCUGCUCUCCUGGUUUGACCUCAUCUGCCCCCAAUCCAGAAAAAACCGACAUGUGAAAACAAGAGCCUCAGCACAAGCAGCUUUCCAUUUCCACAAUUUGCAUUGUGCAGUUGCAGUUGGUGGAUUGUUUUACCAUUUUUUUAUGUUUUCUAUUUGUUUUGCCUUAUUUGAUUCACAGGCAAUAUUGCCUUUAACGCCGCAAAGGAGGCUGUCUGGAUAGUGGAUGAAUGAGUCUCUCAUUGCUGCUGCUGCUUUGAAAUCAGUGAAGCUGAGAAGAAAUGACAUCACUGCAUGUUUUAACCACCAUGAUUUCAUUUUCCCCGUCACUCCUCAGGGGUGUCCGUCUGAAAUGCCUAGCUGGUGUAUGUGUUGGCCCCAGACUUGUGUCCAGCCUGAGCAUUCACUGUGAGUGUGGUGCGUUUGUGUGUUUUGCUAGUGUGUGAUGUGACAUACGGUGUUGUACUAAUGGUGUCUUGGAGCAAAAGCAGGAAUGCAUUAUUUUUUACUUCUAGGGAUUUACCCUUUGACAUGAUAACGAGGUUAAAAGCUUAAACUUGCUUUUCUUUAAAAAAAAAUUACAUCAGACACUGGAUAUUUAUUGUUUCUACAGUAUAUUUUCAGAUUGUUUGACAUAUUUACAACAGAAAUCGAAUUAGAUCAUAUUUUGUACGAAGAGGAGAGUUAUAUAAAGAUGCUUUUCACUUUUAAUCAAUGCAGGUAACUCUGAGACAUGACAUCCAUACUGUAGUUUAUGAAAGAUUUAGCAGUUCAGAAUUACAGCAAACAAAGCUGUGUGGGGCCUUUUUUAAAUUUCAUCAUCGAGUUGCGGGAAGGUUGCUGAAAAUUGGUAUUAAACCACGUUGAAGCUGUUCAAGUGCUAGAGCAGGACUGGCCUCUUUACUGAGGAAGUAGGUCUACACUACGGAGCAUCAGGUAUUCUCUGACGUUAGGAAAUGUGUAUUUUAAAAUAAGAAAGAGAUUUUUCUAUCUGAAAACUGUUGCAUGUAUAUUCAGCUUCCUUGGUAAAAUCCGUAGGAGUAUCAGAAUAAAAGGAAUAAUCAGAAAUCCACAUCUAAUGUGGGGGGAGUCUAUUUAAACCUGUCAUGUAGAACUCUGACCUUUAUGGAAGAGUGGCAGAAACAAAGACAUGAGGAGUCCACUCUGCAGAUGUUCAGCCAACAUGUGGAAGAAAGGGCCAUGGUCAGAUAAGACCUUACACCAUUUUAAUGAGGGGGAAAUUUCCUUAAAUCGCCGCCCCCCCCAAUUGUAGUAAUAGCAUCAUGAUAUGGGUAUACCAUAGAGAAACGAAAGCUGCACAGAUCAGGUGGAAAUAUAGGUGGAGUGCCUUCUAACACAAAACGAAGCCAGAGCUACAGCUACACGGUUUAUAUAUGUCUGUUAGAAUGGCCUAGUUAAAGUCCAGACCCUAAAUCCAGUGGAGAAUUUGUGCAAGACUUGAAAAUUGAUCUUCAUAAAUACUCUAAAAAUGAUACGACUGAGUUUAAAGCCUUUUUGCACAUCAGAAGGCUGAACAAUGUUUGUCUCAUGUGCAGAGCUUUUAGAGAAAAUGUUGUUCCAUAAACUCAGUAAAGCUCAAUACUGAGGCACAAAUUAGAUGUUUUUUAGAUGUUUAUGUGCUCUGAUUGCUAUUGUGAGUCAGUUUGUCAGAAUUAUAUGUGCAUCCUAAUUAUGCUCGCUCUGCAAGAGAUGAUCAGAAUUUGCCACAAUCAAGUGAGGUUUCUAACUGGUCAAGUACCUCAAGUAAAAGAAGGAGGAUAGCAUAACUGGCUAGAUACAAACACAGUGUAGAUUUAUAUCAGUCGAGCUACACCAUCACAUCACCUAAAACAUCUCUGCAGUGAAUGUUUUACCUCCGGGUGGAAGCAGCAGGUGCUGAUCUACCAGCAGCUUAGUACUGAAGCCAGUUUGUGUUGCGUUGCGCUCCGGACUCCUUUCCAGAAUGAUCAUUGGUUAAAUGUGUCAUAUUAUAACCCCUCUGAAACAUCACCAGAACAAAAAAAUGUGCUGUAUUUUUAUAAGUGGGUGCAUUUUUUUUUCCAUCACUGUGCCAUUACAUCUGCAGUUACAGUAAAGGAAACUCUGAUGAUGCUGAUAUUUUCACUUUUUACCGGUGAUCCAGAGGCAAAUGCAAAGAUACCUGUACAUUUGUUUAUUUUGAUGAGAGUAUUUAUAGAUAUAUGUCUUGAGUACAGUUUACUUGGUGUGAGGAGCUGUGAAAAUAUGCGCCUCAUGUGAAUCUCGUCUGAGGAUUUUAAAAAGGAAAUCAGACACAGGGACAGUUUUUUUUUUUUUUCUUUUCUGCUGCCGCAUUGAAACUUGAAAAUCAGUCAAACUGAUGUAACGAGGUUGGGGUUAGGAUAAGAGCAGCGGUUUGCUACUUGCCUUUGCAGAGGGUUUUGUCAAGACCCAUCCAACCUAUUGGACCUUUAGCUUUUGUCCUGAGAACAUCCUCUGUGCUGCUCUGCCAUCUUCUCUCACAGUUUUGUAAAAUCUUUAAGCAUCUGUACAUAUUUGAUCUGUAUAUACUGACAGCAGGAAGAGUCAAAUAUAUCAGAAUCUAUUCAGAUAUAAUGAAAACAAAACAUACUGUACAUAUAUAGUUUUAAGGUUGGUGGUUGUAGCACAAUAAUGUCACAUUCACACGUCAGAUAAAA